AUGGCGUUUGCACGGUGCCUUCUUCUUUGUAUUUUCCUGUGUGGUAUACUAUUUAAAGAUCUCUUGGCUGAGGAGCACUUUAUAGUGGGUGGACAGAAUGCGGCGGAGGGAGAUGCCCCAUACCAGGUGUCGUUGCAAACACUUUUGGGCAGUCACUUGUGCGGUGGCGCCAUCAUUUCGGAUCGCUGGAUCCUAACCGCAGGUCAUUGUGUCAAGGGUUAUCCAGUUAGCAGACUCCAAGUGGCCACCGGAACAGUUCGCUAUGCGCAACCAGGGGCGCUGUAUUAUCCGGAAGCUAUCUACCUGCACUGCAACUACGACAUUCCCAAGUAUCAUAAUGAUAUAGGCCUGCUGAAACUAAACGAAAGUGUGGUUUUUAAUGCCUUGACUCAGGCGGUUAAGCUUCCAACUUUCUCCUUUCCCCGAGGAACUUCGGAACUGGUCUUCACCGGUUGGGGAUCCCAGUCAGCGGCGGGGAGUCUGCCCUCCCAGUUGCAGCGAGUUCAGCAGCAGCAUCUCAGCAGUCAGGUCUGCGCAUCCCUGCUUUCCGCCUAUGAAGAUCUGGAGCUGGGUCCCUGCCACCUUUGUGCCUACCGGCAGGCCAACAUUGGAGCCUGCCAUGGGGACUCUGGAGGUCCUCUGGUUCACCAGGGCACCCUCGUGGGCAUACUCAACUUUUUCGUACCCUGUGCCCAGGGGGUUCCGGAUAUAUUCAUGGAUGUCAUGUACUACUACGACUGGAUGCGGCAAACGAUGAGCGGCAAUGGCAGGUGUACGCAGGUCAAUCAGCAGACAAUAAAUGGCUAAAUAAAUACUUUUAAACACUCUCAGAAAAUCUCUGUCCUAAAAAGUAGAAAUGCAUUUUUUAUAUAUUUAAAAUUUUAAAAAUAUUUUUUGUAUGUAAAUAAUUAUUGUGGAACUCAGAAUUUAUUUAACAAUCCAACAAUGUUUAAUGACAAUGCCAGAGUGUUCGGAUAUUUAAAUUAAAAGUGUGCUAAGAAUGGUCUCCUAUAUUAACUAUUUAAAUAUUAUUAAUAUUCCAUUUCCCAAAGGAAUACACAAAAUGUUCAAAUGAAAUACGUAAAAUGUUUUGUAGCCUGACAUAAGAUACUAAUAUUAUAGUUUUGCGCAGGGAUUGCUGGUACAGUCAAACAAACAUUUUUAUAAAUCAAA